AUGCCUUCCGACGAUGACACACCACGUCUGCCGAAAGCAUCAAUAUUCAUGGGAAACAAACCCGCAGCAACAAUUCGUGUUCCAAAUUUCAACCAAGACAGACCAGGUCUCUGGUUCGCGCAGUUGGAAUCACAGUUCCGGAAUCAUAACGUCACACACGAGGUGGACAAAUUCCAUCAUACGAUUCCACUGAUUGACACGCGCAUAGCAGCUGACGCUGAAGACAUCAUUCUCAAUCCACCAGCCGACAAGCCAUAUCAACGAUUGAAAGCCGCACUAAUCGCGUGCUAUUCGAAAUCCAGAGAAGCAAAACUCCUCCAACUACUGGAUGGUGAGUAUCUUGGCGACAAAACGCCAUCUCAACACCUUCGACACCUCCGAAGUUUAGUGCCAGACAUAGAUGAGGAGAUAAUACGUGUAAGGUGGCUCUCACACCUGCCCGACCAAAUGCGCACGUGUUUGGUUACGCAACACACGGCCGAGCUACAGGACUUAAGCGAAGCCGCAGAUCGCCUACACGAAAUGUGGAACAACAAUUCGCUCACAUUACAAAAUGUCUUCAGAAGCUUCUGGACAACCAACAAACUACUGGGCGAAAACGCUUUCGCUCACAACACAGCAACAGAAGAAGAUCAAUUUCUCCUGCUAAUUCAACCAACAACACGUGUUGGUACCACAAAACGUUUGGCAACCUCGCUCAAAAAUGCACACCAGGUUGCAAACAAGCGGGAAACGCAUCAGAGAGACGUUAGCGGCGGAAAGCGCCUCUCUACCACCAUCGUACCGCCUCUUCAUCACGGACCGCCAGUCUCGCACACAAUUUCUAGUGACACAGGCUCCGAAGUCUCAGUCUUCCCACACAAACAACAACCAAAUUCGAAGAUGGCGACCGGCUACCAACUCAUCGCAGUUAACGGAACACCCGUUAAUACAUUCGGUGUCGCAACAAUCGUUCUCAACAUCGGCCUUCGCAGAACGUUAACAUGGCGCUUCAUACUGGCAGAUGUCUCGAGCCCGAUCAUUGGCGCCGAUUUACUUUCGCACUAUGGUCUACUCGUCGAUCUUAAAAAUCAACGACUUAUCGACGAAAUCACUCGACUGUGCACCUCAGGUACAACCAGAAGCGUGACUGUACAGUCGAUCAAAUUUCAACAGCCGGAUCAAUCAUCAGGAUAUUGGCAACUGCUAGCCGAAUUUCCUAAAAUCACUCGUCCCGAUGGUGCACCAACACAAGUUACACAUACAACGCAACAUCAUAUCAAAACAACACCUGGUACUCCAGUCAGUAGUCGAGCUCGGCGAUUAGCUCCCGAUCGACUUAAAAUUGCAAAAGCAGAAUUCCAGAAGAUGAUAAAGCUGGGCAUAGCAAGACCAUCAGACAGUCCAUGGUCAUCCCCACUACACCUCGCGCCAAAGAAGUGUGGCGAAUGGCGCCCAUGUGGCGAUUACCGUCGCCUCAAUGAACGUACCAUACCAGAUCGAUAUCCAGUUCGAUGCCUAGAAGAUUUCACCGCAAAUUUACACGGUACAUCAUGUUAUUCAACAAUCGACCUGAUUCGUGCUUUCAACCAGAUUCCAGUAGCCAACGAAGACGUUCAUAAAACGGCUAUAAUCACACCGUUUGGUCUAUUCGAGUUUCCAUUUAUGACAUUUGGACUCCGAAACGCAGCUCAGACCUUUCAACGGUUCAUCGACGAGCGCCGUCAACACUACGGUUUAGUCAUCAAUACAACAAAAACAAAGCUAGGUCUCAAAGAAGUCGAAUUCCUCGGGCAUACCAUUUGCCCAUGGUAUAAAACCACUUGA